CAUGGUUGUUUUCAACAAUUGACUAAAGUCGUGGUAAGGCAACCACAGAUACGUGACUGGACAGGUGUUUGAGAGUGAGACCAGGAAAAGAAGGGCGAGGCUACCCUCGAGUAGGGAUAUCGAGGCAGGUGGCCCAUGGGCCCAAGGGAGUUGCAACAAUUGCUAUCCGCUCUUGUUGUAUCAUAGGUGACACCAUUGACGCCGUCUACAUGUGUUGUGGUAUGACUUUAGGCCGCUUGACACUUGCAGAUAUUGUUCGAUAUGUCGCUUUCAUCAACCAUGAUGUUAUCUCCUUGGCCGGUUUGGUCGUGGACAGUCUUUUCGAUCGCGCCAUUGGGUAUACUGGGAGUAUUGUAGCGGUGACAAUGUCCGUGACUCGAUCGAGCCUCCGCUACAAGAGGUGGCGGGAGAAAAGAAGGACCCAAAACAUGUAUACUGAGGUACGACUAGUGAACGAGUUCGAUCUUGAUGCCUCUCCAAGCUGCUCUUGUGACGUACCAGCAGACUAGACAAACUAUUCAUACGAACCUACAUUGUCCACUGUGGCCGGUAAAUGAUUGAAGUUUUCC